AAAUCCAGCAACAUGGGGCGACGCGGCCGCGGUCGCUGUGGCCGCCGCGAGUCCCGGCCACGGGCGCCGCCGCUUCCCUGACGUCCGAGCUGAGGCCUGGCCGCCUGCCCACCCCCCACCAGCCGCAGCCGGGGCUCCUCGCGGCCCAGCCUCACCCGGCGCUCUGCGCUCCCGCCUGUCGGCUGGGCCAUGUAAAGGGGCAGCUCCGGGCAGCUCCCGCCGCCUCGCCUCGUCUUCCUCCCCGCGCUCCUCCCGCCCGCGCCCCGCCGCCGCAGCCCCCGCCAUGGACGCGAGCUACGCGCCUUCGGGCUUUGCCGAGCCGCCGCCCGCGCCCCCCGCCAGCGCCGCCGCGCAGACCCCUGCCCCCGCCUGGGCCUACGAACCCCGAGUCAGGGCCGCCGCCUCCAGCCCCAGCUGCAGUGGCAGCAGCCCCAGCCUCAAGGCCAGUUUAAGCUAUGAAGAAGGCCAUCCCCCACAGUCUGAACCAGAUAUCCUUCAAAGACAGACGUUCCCAACCUCCCAUCAACUUUCUGGAUAUGCCACCACUCCUCAACCAACAGGUCUUUCGGGAGUGUUUGAUACUAGUGUGAUCAGUGGUAGCGCUAACACUAAGGACUCUUCUGUGACGGAUUUUCUCUCCUCUGUUGAGUCCCGAAAUGCUCAGGCUGCUUCAUCAGGAACUCUUUUACCACAAUUCAGGGCUCCAUCCUGGCAGACAGGCAUGCAUUCCUCAACAGCAACUGAGCUGUUUCUUACUGGACCUUUGCCAACCACUGGAACACUUCCAGCAACUGCCCUAUCUGCUUAUCAGCAUCCUGCCACCUUUAGCAAUAGAAACUUUGUGACCACCUCACCUUUGGUGCUUCAGGAUUCAACUUUUAACACUACAUCAAAUGGAAUUUUAAACCCUCAUGAUCCUUUGCUACAAAUUAAGACUUCCCAGGGAACUGUUCCAACUGCUUUGGCAUUUGAACGCCUGGGGAGUUCUGCAUUAAGUAACAGCAUACCACCUCAGUCUUCAACAUAUCGCUCAGCUCAAGAGUCAGCACCCCAUCUUUUACAACCUCAGUUUAGUUUAUUGCCUUCAGCACUUGGGGGAGCCCAGCAAACGCCUCAAGCCUACAGUUCAACUCUUUUUACUAGUUCUACUGCUUCCAUUGAAAGAGCUCUUCUUCGAGAAUGUAGUGUUAUUAAACACCAUCAGCGGCCUUCAGGUACCCAGUCUAUUCAGGCACAUCUGACUGGUCCACAGCAUUCCUUCCACAGUUAUCUCUCAAAUGCAAGUAUUAGUAAUUUUCAGGAAACAUCCAGGCAGUCGUCUUUAUCCUGUAGCCCAAUUGGAGAUUCUACUCAGGUGAGCAAUGGAGGAUUGCAGCAGAAGACCCCUCAAGUCUCAGUGGAACUUGCUCAGUCUUACUCAUCUGCAAUCCCAUCAUCAGGGUAUCCUCCUUCUAAUACAAAAGUAGACAGCUGUUCUACAAAACAACCACUAACAUCAACUAAGAUUCCGAAGCCUCAAAGUAUAAUUCCUCCUGUGCAAACACUAAAAUAUUCUAAACCUUUACAUAACCAGAGUUCUGUGGUAUCGGGUCAAGCACAAAUUUAUUCUACAGCACAGCUACCAAGCCUUUUAUCAGUUAGUCAGUCCCAAAAUUAUGGUUUAGUACAGCCACACAAUGUGCCAUCUAUCGUUCAUUCACAGGUUUAUAGGUCUAGCAGGGUUGAGAAAUUACCAUCCUUAUAUAAAACAUUGAUUUUUUCUGGGUCAUCUCAACCUGUGACUUCUGAAAAUCAGACACUUAGCUUUUCAUCCAAUCAGCAGGAAGUAUUAUCUUCAGUUACAAAUGAGAAUUACCCUACUCAAACAAGAGAUCCAUCAUCAUCAGUCAGUCAGUCUCAAAGUUAUUCAUCUGGUCACUCUCAGGGUUUAUCAUCAGUUAGCCAAACACAGGUCAGUUAUUCAUCUCAAUCACAAGUUUUGUCAGUUGUUAGCCCUUCAGAAAACUAUGCAUCAGGGCCCUCUUUGACAUUAACAGCCCCUUCUCUUUCUUACUCUUCUGCCUCUCGGGCUCAGAACUUACCAGAUUCCAGCCCAACUCCAAAUUACAUUUCUAUGCAUUCAUCCCAAAAUGCUCAAACUCAAGGGUCAUCAUCUCCCCAACCCCAAAAGUUUUUGCCUGCUGUGCAGUCAUCUUUUGCAUCCUCUACUCAUGGUCAGACAUUACAGAAUAGCAUACCUUCUCCUGAUCCAAAGUCCUAUGCUGAAAGAAAACUCGACUCGAAUGUGUAUGUAUCUUCAAAGCAAGAAGAUGAUUUUCCAAUUCAGAAAAUGCAGGCAUUGCAAUCAGAGACAUCUCUUGAGUCACCAAGCCAAAGGCUGUCUGAUGCAGAAAUGAGUGCUCAAGAAUCAAUUUAUAAGACAUCAAAGGCAGAUGAUAGAUAUUCUCAAAGUGUAAUCAGAAAUAAUUCCCAUCUUGAAGACCAAGUUGUUGGAGUUGCUCUGCAAGCUUCCAAAAAAGAAGAAAACAUGAUUAGUUCAGUGACACAACUUAACCAACAAAUUGUCCAGCCCAAUAGUGUAGUAACCCCUGAUCUUAAGAAGACAACUAACUUAAUGCAAACUCCACAAAUAAGGUUGAACGCUGAAGACCUAAACAACCAACAUUCUCUCAUACAUAAGGGACAGGAAGCCAAGGUUCAGGAACAGCAUGAGCAGAUCAUUAAUACCUCAUCUCAGAUACAAAUUCCAAAUCAUGCUUUAGGGCAUGACCAUCAGGCGUCUCUUCCUAAUACACAGGUCCUUUUAGAUUCUGCCUGUGACUUACAAAUUCUUCAGCACUCAAUAUUACAGGCAGGCCUGGGACAAGCAAAGGCAUCUUUACAAGUACAGCGUGUUCAGAGUCCUCAACAGAUAGUACAUCCUUUCCUUCAAAUGGAUGGUCAUAUUAUUCAGAGCAAUGGUAAUCACUCUCAGCAGCAGCUUCAUCCUCAGAAUUCUGAUAUUAUGAAAAUAGACCUCCCUGAGUCUUCAAAAUCAUUACAACAGCUAACAACAAAGGGCCCUUUCAGUGACACUGGUCAACAUGAUCCAAAGAAUCAGUUUGUUUCUCUCGGAUCAAUAUGCUUCCCAGAGGCAAUACUACUUAGUGAUGAAAGAAAUAUUUUAUCAAAUGUAGAUGACAUUUUAGCAGCUACAGCAGCAGCUUGUGGGGUUACACCUGACUUUUCCAAGUCAACGUCAAGUGAAACCAUGCAGGCUGUUGAAGGUGGUGAUUCUAAGUCUCAUUUUCAACAAUCGUUAGAUGUCAGGCAUGUGAAUUCAGAUUUUAACUCCAUAACAGCUACAGUAGGAAAGCCACAGAAUAUAAAUGAUAUUUCUUUAAAUGGAAAUCAGGUUGCUGUAAACCUUUCACCAGUACCUACCCUUCUGUCAAAAACGAUUCUUGAUCAACAGCACAUGGAAGCACCUAGUCAAAAUAUGCCAACUAAAGUAGCUUCAACAAUGGUUGGACCAAGUCAUGAAGUCCAGGAGCAAAGUUCUGGCCCAUUCAAAAAACAAUCUACAAUGAAUCAUGAAUCUGAAGAAGAUAGUGAGGCUGCUCUUGAUAGUGCAUUGAGUAAUAACAGAAAUCAAGAGUUUGUUUCUAGUAAUAGGAGCUUAAGUGGAGAGAGUGCUCCAUCAGAGAGUGAGUUUACCUUAGUGGGCAAUGACAGUAGUAUGUCGGUGAACCACACAAGGAGUACACUUGCACUGUUGGCCAUGGCCCAACCUGGGGAUGCAGCCAGUGGCAGGAUGGAAGAAGAAAACCAAGAUUUAAUACAUUUUAAUCUUCCAAAGAAAAAAGCUAAAGGAAAAGGACAAAUUAAAGAGGAAGAUGAUAAUAAUCAGAAACCACCAAAAAAGCCUGCCCAAGGCAAACGUCAGACUCCCAGGGGAGCAGACCUGUAUUUACCAUAUGCUCCUCCUCCCUCAGAGAGCUGCCAUGAAGGUUAUCAGCAUCAAGAAAAGAUGAGGCAAAAGAUCAAAGAAGUGGAAGAAAAACAGCCGGAAGUCAAAACAGGAUUUAUUGCUUCUUUUUUAGAUUUUCUGAAAUGUGGGCCCAAGCAACAGUUUUCUACCCUUGCUGUCCGAAUGCCUAACAGGACCAGGCGACCAGGAACCCAGGUUGCCCGUACCUUUUGUCCCCCACCACUUCCAAAGACUUCAUCUACAACACCUGCAGUGUUAGUGUCUGAAACUGGAGGGGUCAGUCCAUCAGAAAAAAUUGAUAAUGAGCUUAAAAGUUUAGAACAUUUAUCUUCAUUUUCUUCUGAUGAGGAAGAUCCUGGCAUGUGCAGCCAUGAGAUCUAUAAGAGCAUCUCUACUCCCUUAGCUGCGUUGGAUGCUACUUCUGAUAAAUCAAAGAAAACAGUUUCAGAAGCUCUACCAGUGGUAACUCCUAGCUCAUCGGCCAGUACUACUGGCACUGCUCUGGCUUUCUCCACCACUGUGAGUGCAGUUAAGCAAGACCUUCUUCAUUCUACUUCAUCUGCAGUAAACAUCCUGGAAAGUGUCAACUCCACAGAACCCCCCGUAGCCAUCGAACUUGAUGGUCUUGCUUCAGACCAGUUUGCAAAAGGACAGGACACUGUUGCCAUAGAAGGUUUUACAGAUGAGGAAAAUACAGAAAGUGGAGGAGAAGGCCAAUACAGAGAGCGUGAUGAAUUUGUGGUAAAAAUAGAAGACAUCGAGGCAUUUAAGGAAGCUAUAAAAAUAGGAAAGGAGCCUCCAGCUAUUUGGAAAGUGCAGAAAGCUUUGUUACAGAAAUUUGUUCCUGAAAUUCGAGAUGGACAAAGAGAAUUUGCAGCUACAAAUAGUUACCUUGGAUAUUUUGGAGAUGCAAAGACUAAAUACAAAAGGAUAUAUGUGAAGUUCAUUGAAAAUACAAACAAAAAGGAGUAUGUGAGAGUAUGUUCCAAAAAGCCAAGAAAUAAACCUUCACAAACUAUCAGAAGUGUUCAGGCUAAGCCAAGUAGUAGUAGUAAAACUUCUGAUCCUCCAGUAUCAAAAACUACAACUGCAAAAGCCUCUUCCACAAAACCCAAAGUUAAACAACUAAAAAUAAAGGCUGAGCCACCACCAAAGAAACGGAAGAAAUGGAAAGAAGAGUUUUCGUCAUCGCAGUCUGAAUCAUCUCCUGAAGUCCAUUCUCACAGUAGUGAAGAUGAGGAAUUUGAUCCUCCAGCUCCCUUUGUCACUCGUUUUCUGAACACGAGGGCAAUGAAGGAAACUUUCAAGAGUUACAUGGAAUUGCUUGUUAGCAUUGCCCUGGAUCCUGACACGAUGCAAGCCUUAGAGAAGAGCAAUGAUGAGCUACUUUUACCUCAUAUGAAAAAAAUAGAUGGAAUGCUAAAUGAUAACCGGAAAAGACUUCUUCUGAAUCUUCAUCUGGAUCAGUCCUUCAAGAAUGCUUUGGAAAGUUUUCCUGAACUAACAAUUAUUACUCGAGAGUCUAAAGCAAAAAGUGGAGGAUCUGCAAUUCCUAAAAUCAAAAUGAAUGGCAAAGCUUAUAAUAAGAAAACGCUAAGGACUUCUAAAACAACCACUAAAUCUUCACAAGAGUUUGCUGUUGAUCCGGAGAAAAUACAAUUAUAUUCGUUGUAUCAUUCACUCCAUCAUUAUAAAUAUCAUGUUUAUCUGAUAUGUAAGGAUGAGAUAUCUUCUGUGCAGAAAAAAAAUGAAGAUUUAGGACAGGAAGAAAUCGUUCAACUUUGUAUGAAAAAUGUAAAAUGGGUGGAGGACCUAUUUGAAAAAUUUGGAGAACUUCUAAAUCAUGUACAACAGAAAUGUACCUAACAUUUCCACAAAAUCCUACUUUUCAAUAGCACUAAUGAAAUGGCACAGGGUGGUGUCACAGAUAAUCAGAUGUCAAGCAGUCGUCUCUUACAGGCAUGCCCACUUCCAUGGGCAACUUCUACCAGGAUCUUUGCUAAGGACAGUGGUGCUCUAAGGGAAGUCCGUCCUUAGGAAUGGACCUUAAUCCCACCACAUUUUUAUCAUAAUGAAUGAUAUUUCUAUUUUGUAAACUGUGGGGGGUAACUGAAUUUUCAGAAACAUUUUUUGACAAACGAUAAAGCAUGCACUAAAUAUAAUUUUUAUUGCUAGAGAAGUAACACUUAAGUAACUUGACUUUUUCCCCUCCAUGACUGACGAAACAUCAGAAUGAAAAGAGAGGUGGCAGAAGCAUUCAUGUCUGGUCACAGAACUGAAAGUAUGUACAUUGUGUAAACAUAUCUGGUAUGAUGUGGCAUCCUAUGUGAGAAUAUCAUCAGUUUAAAAUAAGAGAUCCAGAAACUGCAUUCUGCUUUAUGGACUCCUUUUAACAUGUUCAGGAAACUGGAUAUGGAAUUGGUGCAAUUCUAUGACUGCUUUUUGUGUCAAAUUAUAUUGUGAUGAAAAAAAAAGUGACAUACUAUUUUCCCUGUUUCAAAGAAAAGUAUUUUUGUUUAUACUAUGCUUUUUCCUUUGGAAAUUUUUCAAUUGUACAUUUUACUAAUAGUUGUAUUUUUCACAAAAAACAAUGUGGUUAUAAUUAUGUUCUCUGUAUCUGUACUACACUUCAUUAUUUUCAGUAAAUCCUAUGUAGUUGUAUGUCAAAUUCCAUUCUGAAUCCUAUCUUGAGGUAACCAUUUUUUUUUUCACACAAAUUUGCUCCAGUGUUAUUUGGAAUAUACAUUCGGUGCUAGAAUUAGCUUUAUAAGUGGGACUGCGUGAAACACUGCAUUGAUUUCUCAUUCCAUAAAUUUCUCACUAAAAUAGCACCUGAUUAUUAUACUGAUUGGUCAAAGUAAAAAUUUAACUACUGAUACAUUUUGAUAGCUUAAUGGGUAAUGGUGGUUGCCACCAAGCCUGAUAGCCUGAGUUUGAUACCCCAGGGCUAACAUGGAGGAAGGAGAGAACUGACUCCUGAAAGUUGUCUUCUUGACUUCCACAUGUGUGGCAUGGUGUGUGGGGAUGCGCAUGUACCCCCCGCCAACACACACAAAAUAAAUAAAAUUUUAAACUGAUAAUCAGAUGAUAGGCAGUGUUGCUCACAGCUUCCCUAACUCUUAGAACUGGAAGUGGAGCUCUCCUUUUGGUGCCUUUCUAUCUUUAUGCACACUAUUGUAGCUUUCCUAAGUUUCAUAGCUAGCAUUUCAAGUAGUUUAGCAGAGACAGCGAAUGUAUUAGGUUCAACAUGACCUUAUGUUUUAUUUGUGUUUGCCAACAGGUUGCCUUAUUUGUUUGUGAAAAAGAUUUACUAGUGUCAUUCUAAACUAUCGCCUUUUUUAGGAUUCUAAAGAAGUUGUUAAUCAUCCUACCUUUGUUUAUUUUACCACCAUUUAGUGCCUUAUGUCUUAUCAAGUAAGCAGUGUUACUGUUCAAUGCCCAAAUAAGAUAUGCUUAUGUGGACAUAUCUGUUGUGUUGAUUUUGAGUGAACAGGCCAACUUCUUAGACUUAAAACUUCAGUAAACUGGCAAGAAUUGAAUUUAACAAGCCACUUGACUUAAGAAUAAAACACUGUAACAUUGGGAGAAAAACAAGCAUUUGAGUUAAGCUUAUAUAUUUAUUUCUGAUGUUUAUCUUAUUAAAAGCAAUAAUCCUUAAUAUUUGUACCUGCCAUUAGACUCAGUAGUACUCAGUAAGUAAUGGAAGUUUCUCUCCAGGGUCAAAUGUCCUGUUUCUGAAAGGUUUUUUAUAACUUCUUUUGAAACAAAGUAACCUUUUGGGCUUAUUUUAUGUAAUUCAUGGGAGAUGCAAGGAUAUUAGCAGUGACAGAAUCAUGUGAUCAGUUUUACAAUUGGAGAAGAGCAGGAAGCAGCCACACUCCUUUUUGAUAAUACUGACUCUGGACAAAAUUGAUAUCUUUCAUUUCCAAAGUGCAGAAUUGUGUUUGCCUAUAUGUCUUUACAUCAUUUUCCCGCUUGCUUUUUUAACUUAUGGAUGGCUUAAAUACUUUUAAAAGCCAUCUUGUAUCUAAGAAACUAUUGAAUAUGUGUUUGAACUUACAGUCACUUUUUCAUAAAUAAGCCUCUUAAGGUUAAUCUUACCAUAGAAAAUAAUCCAUUUCUUUUUUGUUUUUGUUUUUUGAGACAGGGUCUCAUUCUCUAUUCCAAGCUGGUCUGGAACUCACUAUGUAAUCCAGAUUGGGCCCAACUCACAGUAGUCCUUCUGCCUUGACCUCCCAAGUGCUGGGAUUAUAGGCAUGAGCUGCCAUGCCUGGCUUUCUAGUUCCUUUUGAACUGCAGUUGCCCUCAAACUGUUUACAGUUGUAUUCCUAUUAGUAAAGCAAGUUAUCAUAACGUGGGAGGCCAGGUCCUAUGAUUCUCCCCCCCGAGAUGCCAUUGUUUAUGUGCAUUAUCUUCUUUCAUUUGUUCCAUAGAGCAUAGGAAAACAUCAACCUCAGGCCUUAGAGAAAAGUAGGACUAUAUUAUGACAACCAUACAUGAGUCUUCUCUGUAGGAAGUUAAAUGCCUAGUCGUUAGCAUCUGCAUUCCUUGCCAGGAAGUUUGAAAUGUAUAAUAUAGGAAAAACUUUAGGUUGUAGAUAAAGCACAUGUUGCCACAACUUCGAAAAAUAUUUUAAGGAAAAAUUUUCCUACCUAUAGAGAUCUGGAGGGCUGGGGAUAUCACUCAGUGGUAGAGCACUUGGCUAGCAUGUGCAAGACCCUGGGUUCCUUCCCCAGUACCCGUAGCCCCCCCCAAAGCAUGUAGGGAAUCUGGAGUAGUUUAAUGUAAAAAAGUUCUUUUGUGUUGAUAUUUGUUACUAGUUCAGAUGGGUGACUGCAGAAGAGGCCUCCUCGAAUUUUCAUAUAACCCAGUUACUACUUGCUUGAUCCCUGAUGAGGUCAUGAGUUUAUGAUGAUUUAUCACAGUAGCUUGAACCAGAAACUGUCAUUUCCCUGUGAUUUUACCAAAUAGGAAAUUUUGGUAAGAUAAAAAAUAAUCAUAUCUUAAAAUGGUUUAGAAAUUUUUCAUAUUACUUUUAAAAUUCUAAAUUUGUCUAAAUUUUCAAAGUUUGAAAAUAUGUAGAUGGGUUUACACAUUAGGACUAUUUUCAAAGUUUCACAAUUUUAAAAUAAUUUUUUUCUUAAUCUAUUUUCUUUGAGGCAGAUAAAUUCCAACCUAUGUUUCUGGCGAUCUCCCCAUAUAAUGUAAAAAGUUCUUUUGUGUUGGUGUUCAUGACUCAUUCAGAUGAGUUACUGGAGAUGGGGUGUCCUUCCCAUUUCUCUUAUAUCCAAUCUCUAUUUACUUGAUCCCCUAAUGAGGUCAGCAGUCGGGUUAUUGAUGCCGCUUUGUUUCAGAUGUGUAAGUUGCGAAUUUUAUUGUAUUUGCAGAAUAGUUUUUGUUUUAAAAUGUAUUUCCAUUU